UGUGGCAGCGCAGGGCAGGGUAGGUACUAGGCAGCAGCACAACACAGCUGACCGCUCCGCAGCAGCCAUGGAGGCCCCUCUCCAAGGCCAGGCGCCCGCUGGCUCCCAAACCAUUACAUUGAUGAAGAUAGGACACUACCAGAUCGGCAACACUCUCGGGGCGGGCACGUUCGGCAAAGUCAAGUAUGGCGAGCACAUUCUCACAGGCACCAAAGUUGCCAUUAAAAUCCUUAAUCGAAAGACCAUCAAGAACCUGGACAUGGUCAGUAAGAUCAAGCGAGAGAUCACCAACCUCAAGCUGUUCCGUCACCCCCACAUCAUCAAACUGUACCAGGUGAUCAGCACACCCACAGACAUCUUCAUGGUUAUGGAAUAUGCCUCUGGAGGAGAACUUUUUGACUACAUAAAGCAGAAAAGCAAGCUCAAGGAAUCCGAGGCUCGAAGAUUCUUCCAGCAGAUCAUCUCUGGUGUGGACUACUGCCACAGACACAUGGUGGUUCAUCGUGACCUCAAGCCAGAAAAUCUCCUCCUGGACCACAACUUGCAUGUCAAGAUUGCUGAUUUUGGGUUGUCAAAUAUUAUGGUUGAUGGAGAAUUCCUUCGGACUAGUUGUGGGUCACCAAAUUAUGCUGCCCCUGAAGUCAUCUCUGGAAAACUGUAUGCUGGUCCAGAGGUGGAUGUGUGGUCUUGUGGCAUUAUCCUGUAUGCCCUUCUCUGUGGCACUCUGCCCUUUGAUGAUGAGCAUGUCCCAUCACUCUUCCGCAAGAUAAAAUCGGGCGUGUUCCAGAUCCCAGAUUACCUCAACCAGACUGUUGUGCGCCUGCUGCUCCACAUGUUGAUGGUGGACCCCAUGAAGCGAGCCACCAUUGAGGACAUUAAGAAGCAUGAAUGGUUCCAGAAGGACCUUCCAGCCUAUCUCUUUCCUCCACCUUAUGACCAUGACAACUCUGUGAUAGACCAGGAAGCCAUAGCUGAAGUCUGUGAGAAAUUCCAAGUAGAUUCAGCAGAGGUUCAGAGUGCCAUUCUGUCAGAAGAUCAACACAAUCAGCUGAAAAUUGCCUAUAACUUGAUCGUCGACAACAAGCGCUUUGCUGAUGCCAAUGCCAUGUACAGCAUAUCUGCCUUCUAUAGUGGUGCCUCUCCCCCUCCUGCUAUGCCAACCCCUGCCUUCAGCCCUUCAGACUCAAGCCCAAGUCCCUUCAAGCCACACCCGGAGCGCAUUGCACCUCACCUUGGUAUUGGCAAGAUUCAUCCUGAUUUACGAGCAUCGUUGAGGGAACGAGCACUGAGUGGAGACCGUGGCAUGCCCAAAGGAACUCCAGGAAAGAGAGCAAAGUGGCACUUAGGUAUUCGGUCUCAGAGUAAGCCCCUAGACAUCAUGAGUGAAGUCUACAAGGCAAUGAAAGUUCUAGGCUUUGAGUGGAAAGUGGUGAACCCAUUCCAUGUCCGCGUGCGUCGCAAGAACCCCAUCACAGGAGGGUGUGUGCAGAUGGCCUUGCAGCUCUAUCAGGUGGAUUACAGAUCACACCUCCUAGAUUUUAAAAUCAUCUGCAAUGAAGGUAUUGAGGUACCUCUACCAAUUGAAAAGAAAGACUCAGAAGAUGAAGAGGUCCGUCCAACAUCUCAUCAUGUCAUGGAAUUUUUUGAGAUGUGUGCUGCCUUGAUCACUGAGCUGGCACGCUGAGAACCUCACCUAGGACUGACUGAUGACCCCAGGAUGGUUUCACCAUUCUUCUGGCUAAGGACUGGCUGACUCCCCAACCUUUUUCAUUUCAUUUUCCAACUUGCACUCGAUGCACAAGACGAUGUUCUCUUCACAUCUUCCCACCCUUCAUCACCUGCAAAUAAAGAAAAGACUGUACUUGCCAUGAGAUUAGUGUUGAUGUUUAGGGGAGAGUCACAGCAGCAUGACGACUGCAAUUGUUUUUGCUCUAUAUGAAGAGGUGAAGCUGGUAAAUACCAUAAGACUUUACUGAUGAGUAUCUGUACAUUUUAAAUAAUUGGAAUAAUUAUAUUUUAUAUGAUUGUACAUAUUUUACUCUUGAUUUAAGAUUAAUCUUAUAAAAAAAUGUGAUAAAGCUGGACUUUGUUGGAUAAUUAUUCCCUACAAUUGCUAGGUUCAUCUGCACUCAAAUCAAUUGGUGUGUAAAUAAGGUAUUUAGAAUACAAAUGGUGAACCAGUCAUUAUAGGGGUUUCAGGCUUCUAAAGCAAGAUAGAAUGUUUCCAUAGAUACUAAGCAUGUUAAGUGUAUCAGAAAAUUGUAAUCUUUCAUUAUAACAAACCAAUACAAUGGGAACUACCUACAACAGACCAUGUCAACUACUGGUCAACAUGGACUGUGUUAGUGCAGCACAGGCUUGUCCGAACUGAAAAUUUGAAGUUAAGUUGCAUUUAGUAUUCAAAUCAGUGCUGUCAAAGGCUGGGCAGGUACUGUUAAUUUUGGUACUAAGAGUAACAGUACUUGAAAACUCUGGUACUGAUGGUACCAGUACAGGUACUCCCAAAGUUAAGGCUUUCAGCAAGGCUGCACUGGCUUAGGUCUGAUAGUUGCCAGUGCCUGGCACUAAGGUGUUCGCUACUGAAGUGCUGCUUACUGAGACCAUCAUGGUGUUGGUAUCAACACAAAGAGGAGUAAGGCCUGAGUCAAAGGUAGUCUGCACCAAGCUGGUGUCUCCUUGCUAGAGUCCACUAUUAGCUGUUAGCUUUGGUUAAGCCAUGUGUAUAUGCAAAACUUUCAACCUUAAACCAUAAAUCAAAUUACCUACGUACUCUAUUCGAGUUUAACCUUCAAUUUUACUUAUUCAUUAUUUUGUAAACCAUUGAUAAUUAUUAUUAAUAAUAAUAAUAGUAACUACAAAUAAACAAAACAGUAUAAUAGAUGUUAUAAAUAUGAAUAUAAUAAUUAUGUAAUAAAUAAGAUAAGAGCACCUUGCAGACUGGCAGCUUGGUGGUGCUAUCCUGGUGACAAGGUGAUACUCAGUCCACAGCAUGGCAUCUUGGGCUGUCCCACAUCUCACUCUUGACCCUUUGCUUACCACUUUGCAGUAUUGGUACUAACAGUACCAGUGUCUGCCCAGCCCUACUGUCUAAGGGAGGUACAAGAGAACACAUUGACAUGCCAAAUGAAUAUUGGUUAAUUAAAUCUAACAAAAAAGUUUUGGGAGGGAUAUAACUAUGAAAUUGUAUGUACACAAAAUUUGAAUAGUAGGUCAUUGUCCUAAUUCUCCUCUCCCACUAAAUCAUGCAUGCACACUGGACCGGCACUUUUCAACCAUGAAUUUGACAUGCCACAGUUUGGCUGUGUUGCUGUAUUUACUCCUACGAUUUUCAUGCAUUAUGCGAUGUGUUGUUACACCUAAACCGUAUUACAAACUUUUUACUGUAUUUUUCUUACAUAAAAGAUUUAGCAUGAAAUAAAUAUGUUGAGAAAAUAAAACUGAGGGAAUUUCUAGAGCCUGCCUGGACCCUGCUGGGGAAUCUACCAUUCAUCCCAGACCAUGUCUUGUUGCUCACUAAACCUCAUACUUCAUAUUGUGAGGGGGCUAAGUGGGUACAGUGCUCGACUCCUAACCAAAAGGUAGUAAACUCAAUCCUGACUCAUGGCAGCUUCUUAGUGAGAGAUGGGGUCUGUUGCAAUCCUGGCAGAGCUGUACAGUAUCAAUCACUUAGCUCGGGGUAAUUCUUUAAUCACAAUUUUUUUUUUUUAUACAAUUUUCCGAGUUAAACAUAAGUUACUAAAUGACUAGGGCUAGGCUACUAAGUUGGUGGGGCAAGGUUAUCUAGUAGGUUACAUUAUUUAGCUGGGGUUGGAUAGUUUAUAAAAAUUGGUUAAAACUUCAGUUUUCAAAGAAAAAUGUCAGAUUUGUUCACACACACAAAACUCCCAAAAACAUGAGUUAGAAGUCGCCUUGGCAUGUUUUCCGAAUCUUAAAUAAACUUAUUACUUUUUAAUAUUUUAAUCUCAUAUAACUUCCGCUUGCACAUGCUGCACUUCUGUCAUCACAGCCUUUUUUUUUCAAUUUUAGCUUCUCUUAGUCUACUUUUCUCUGAUUCCUGAAAUAAAUAGUACAAUGUAAUUUAGGCUGGAUGAGCAAAGUUCCCAUCUCAAUGCAACCACAAUAACAAAGAGCAAAAGACAAGCAAGCUGCCAGAAUUUCAUAAAUGCAAGCAAACAUCCUGCUGGCUGGCUGAGCUGCAUAGAGGUGUCUAAUGGCAUAUAAUAUAUAUAUUCACAUACAAAUUCAUUCUGAAGAGACUGGUGGUUAGAUAAGGGAAUUUCUAGAUUCUAAGCUUAACCUUAAAAUCUGAUCUUCACCAUGAAGGCUGCAGGGCCAGGUUUUGAAAAAGUGUCAUUCUGCAAAACACCCUAGUUUCUUCAUCAAUUUUUAAGUGCAAUGUCAGUAACUACUGUAUGUUUGUUAAUGUUUUCAAGCAUUGUACCUUUGAUUUUUUUGUUUGAAUUUAGCCUUCAAAGAAUAAAGUUAAUUCAUAUGAAUUCUAUUAAAAGAAUUCAGAUUAGCAGUGCAAUGUCUAUUAUAUAAUGCUAUAUUGGAUAUAAUAUAUGUUGUAAGGAUUGUAAAUUUUAUACACUGCAAAAUGAAUAUUUUUUCUAAAAGAAAAAUUGUAAAAGAACAUAUAAUAAAUAAAUUAUGAACACGAAA